AUGGCCCCUGUACAGGAGGGCCCCGCUGAGGGCAAGGCUUAUCCACACUGGGCCCCCACACGGCUCGCCCUGACCGCCCUGAGAGAGAACCUGUUUGUAACGCAGCCUAUUUCCUGCUGUUUGUCCUGCACUUACACAGCCGUCCCUGUCCUGCUGCAGUCUGGCCCCAGGACCCCAGCCCGUCUGUCUGACCACCCCCUCACCCCCUUCUCCGGCCCCUCUCCCCCCCUUCUCAUCCUUCAGUCCAGCACGCUCCAGUGUUUGAACAGCCGGGCCGGACACGGAGGCAGGGGGGGAGAGAUACUCGGCAGGAUAAGGCCAAAGCGACGUGACAGAGGCCAGAUAAAAGCAAAGGGAGAAGAUAGACAGAGGGUUGCCAGGUUGUGGGAAAAGACGCAGAGAUAG